GUAUCUCUCUCGCUAUCGACGCAGGGAAACCUCCGCAACACCAGGAAGAAGAAGAAGAAGCAAAAGCGAGCGGACGAAACAGAGGAGAGGAAUCAAGAGUUUCUUUGUACAAGGACCAUGGAGGGUUCCAAUUUGAGAGCUCCGGUAGAUGAUGGACUUAUGUCGAAGACAAGCAAGGCUGCAGGCAUUGGUUUAGCUGCUGGCAGCGUUUGGGGCUUGCUGGUUUCUAUGUUGCACGAUGGGCCUAAGGUUGGCAGUAAUGUCAAGUUUCCUCAGCUGGUUAGAACUGGCAAGGUGUGUGGAAGCUACGCGGGAAGCUUGGCAGUUCUUGGAGCUACGUAUGUAGGCGUAGAGCAGUCUCUUGAAAUGCUCAGGAAGAAGAAGGACAUCAUUAAUGGAGCUGUAGCUGGUUUUGCUGCCGGUGCAACUCUGGGUUUCAGAGCCGGGAGAGUCCCAACAGCCAUCGUGUCAGGAUCUGCGCUCGCUCUGACUUCGGUACUCUUGGAUGUGACUGGAAUGAGAACUACUGAGGAAGAAGAAAAGGUCCACCACUAAGUCAAUAUAUCAUCCUGAACAGCUGUAUCUACAACUUCACUCAAGCAGUUCCAUGUUUCUGUUACAUGCAUACUAGAGGAGUUUCUUUGAAUGUAGUCUGUUCAUAGUAGAGGUAGUAAAAGAAUAUAGUACCAUGUGGUAGUUGCUCCUCAUCUGUGAAUUCAUGCUUGCGAAGUACUUUUAGCCUUUCAUCCACGCUUUGUGACUCGGAUGUUUGAAUACGACAUUGUUCUCCACUUAUUUUGUGGAUGCUUAUUUUCAUGAGUGUUAUUAUGACCUGAUUGAGGCCAUGUUGAUUC